AUGGUAGAACUUUGGGGAGUUUUGGAAUGGAUGAAUCUUGCUAAAUCCCUAGGUUUGAGAAAGGUUGAGGUUAACGUUGACUCUAUGCAUGUGGUUUCAGCCAUGAAGUCAAGAAAGUCAAAUAACGUUAAGAGCAUGGCAAUGAUUAGAAAAAUUGGUGAGUUAAUGGACGAGUUUGACAGGUGUAGUAUCUCCCAUGCGUUUAGAGAAACAAUUGUGCGCGCAGAUGCUCUUGCUAAUGAUGUUGUUUUGUUCAAGCAGGAUUGUUUCUAUAGAGCUAUUCCUGAUUUUUUGAAGCCUCUUGUGGCAGCUGAUAUAGCUGGUUUAGCAUCUUCGGGUGCGGUUUCUUUGUAG